AUCUCUCUGCUUAUCCAACGCCUUUUACCGUUCAGAAGCUCUCCCAACAAGGAAGACGAAGAGGAAGAAGAAGAAGAAACAUUAAUCACCACAAAAAGAGCUUCACCUUCUUCUUCUUCCACAUAUCCAAUGGCUAAGCCAUCGCCAUUGAUUUUCCUCAUUUUCUCGCGUUUCUUCGUUCUGGAGGUCAUGUCGACGAGCUUCACAUUAGUGAACAAAUGCGGAUACACUGUUUGGCCGGGAAUUCUAUCGAACGCCGGAGUUCCUCCCCUCCCUACCACCGGCUUCUCUCUCCUGACUGGCGAGUCGCGUGUCAUCAACGCGCCGUCGUCGUGGGGUGGUCGUUUCUGGGGCCGCACGCUCUGCUCCACUGACUCUACCACCGGGAAAUUCACCUGCGCCACCGGAGAUUGCAGCUCCGGUAAGAUCGAGUGCUCCGGUGCCACCGCAACUCCACCGGCUACCCUCGCCGAGUUCACCCUCGACGGGUCCGGCGGCCUCGAUUUCUACGACGUCAGCCUCGUCGACGGCUACAACCUCCCCGUCCUCGUCGCCCCUCGCGGUGGCUCAGGCGAUAACUGCACCACCACCGGCUGCGUCGUCGACCUUAACGGCUCAUGCCCAUCUGAGCUCCGGGUAACCGCCGCCGGGAAAACUCCUCCGGUGACUGCGUGCAGGAGCGCUUGCGACGCAUUCCGGCGACCGGAGUACUGUUGCAGCGGCGAGUAUGGUUCGCCGGCGACUUGCAAGCCGUCGGCGUACUCUCAGAUCUUCAAGAGCGCGUGUCCACGCGCCUACAGUUAUGCGUACGAUGACAAGACGAGCACCUUCACAUGCGCCAAAUCCCCUGACUACGUCAUCACCUUCUGCCCCUCUCCCAACACCAGUCAGAAAUCAUCUCAGGAUCAGAACACUGACCCAACGGGAACUUCACCGCCGGUGACAACAUCUCCGGCGACUCAGACGCCGUCUACGGCGACGUGGUCGCCGGCGGAUACGUCGAUGAUCUACGAAGGUGCGUUCGAUGAGAGCGGCGCAUCCUCACCGUCCACGUGUCAGCUGUCUUUGUUGCCACUUGCGAUAACAUUCGCGCUCUCGCUGGCCUUUUGUCGGUUGCUCUGAACAAUCAGUAUCUACCACGUGGGCAAUCCACCAUACUAUAUGGGCCCCAACUGGGCCUUAAUUUGGUCCGGCCCAUUUGACUUUUUGUCCAAGCGACGUCGGAUCGAGCCAUCGGAGAAAGUUAGUCGAUGAAUUUACAUAAAUGCCCUUCUUCGGGUGAGGAAAAGUGGGAUGGUGGUGGAGUAAAAUAGACAUGUGAGGUCACAAAAAUUAGGUUUUAUGUUUUUUUCAAUAAACUAAAUAUAUAUAUAUAUAGGAUUUGGGGUAAGACUAUAUUUAAUUAGUUUAGAUUAAUUUAAUUGUUGGGAGAAAGUGGCGAUGUAUUCUUCGUUAAUUUAUUUGUUUUGUGGGCCAUAAAAUAAUGAAAUAAAUAAUACUGCUUUUUGGUGCA